AGAGGGGGAAGGGUUAAGGAUUUACUCGGUGUGAGAUAUCACAUUGUUCGAGGAACCCUAGAUGCUGUCGGAGUAAAAGAUCAUCAACAAGGGCGUUCUAGCUACCAUGAGACAAAAGAUCUUCUUUCAAAAGAGAUUCGAUUCAGAACUCUUAUAUGUCCAAGGUUCAAUAUUGAAAUAAUUUCAGAGGUUUUCCCUGACUUUGUCCGUGUCAACAAACAAUUUGAAAUGCCUCAACUUUUU